ACAUUCUUUGCUUUAAUCCACUUUCCAACUAUGCCUCUUUUCUUCAUUCAUUUUUCUUCUUAUCUUUUAAAUGGUGGUGAUAAGAUUUCAUCACUUCUGUUGUGGUCUUCUUCAAACCCAUAUGUUUCUUAUGCUUUAUACCCCCAUAGUUGCAGUAGUUUGAAAGUUUGUUGAAGUUAAAGUUCAUAAUACAUCACCCUAUAUGUUGUUUCUAGUGAAGUUCUUUGUUUGCAUGGUGUUUUCUAAUUAGGGUUUUCUUGUUAUAUAAGUAUUUUUUGGUUCCAAGUUUGUUAAUUAUGGGGUCUGUUGAUGUUGAGAGUCCAACAACAUGGGUGCCUUACAUGAGCAAUCAAGAUUGUUCUCAAAAGAUAUGCAACUUAUAUUGUCCCCAAUGGUGUAACUACGGCGUUCUUCCCUCUCCUCCACCACCUGUAGGGUUUUCUGACGAUGAUUCAGGCGGUGCCACCCUCUCGCCCCUUGUGAUCACAAUCAUUGGUGUUAUUGGGAGCGCGUUUCUUUUGAUUAGUUACUAUGUUAUAAUAUCUAAAUUGUGUACCGUAAGGAAUGAUUCGUUUGAAUUUUCAAGACAGAGAGGGGGACAAAAUCAAGAAACUCAAGAUUUGGAAAUGAGUGAAAAUGAUUUUAACAUGGAAGAUGACCCUUUAUUUCUCGGGCCUUGGCAUGUUCCGGGUAAGGGGUUGGAUGAGGCUAUGAUCAAAUCGAUAAAGGUUUGUAAGUAUAAGAAAGAAGAUGGCUUGGUUUCAAGUACGGAUUGCCUGGUUUGUUUAGGAGAAUUUCAAGAGGAUGAGAAGCUUAGACUUUUGCCCAAAUGUAGUCAUGCUUUUCAUGUUUAUUGCAUUGACAAUUGGCUUACAAAUCACUCAAAUUGCCCUUUGUGUAGAGCUAGUGUAAGUUUUGUCAAUGCAAUGUCACAUACUUUACCUCCUCCCCCUCCACCACCACCACCGCCGCCGCCACCACAACCUCCUCGACUUGACAUAUUUGUGUCAAGGAGGGUUCUUACUGAUUUAGAAGGACGGGAUGCUAUUCUUGAUAUUAGAGAAGAUAGAGGUGAACGGGAGGUCAGAAGAUCUAUAUCUAUGGGUAAUUUGUGUCAAAAUCGAGUAUUAAAAGAUGAUAUUUUGUUUGUUAAUCAUCAUUGUGAUAUGGAAUUGGAAAAAAUGCAUAUUGGGGGCGAUGUUGGCUCAUCAAAACAACAUAUGAAAUCAGAACAAUGCCAAAACGAAUGCAAUGUUGGAUCUUCACAACGAGUUGUGAAUGGAGAUAACACAUACUUGAAUUGCGAUGAUUUACGCCGUGAUAUGUUAAAGAGAUCAUUUUCUAGUGGGAGAUACUUGUUCAUUAGAGGAUGGAAAGGGAAGGCCUUAAAAGUUUCUAGUGUGCUUUGAUUGAAAGAUUUCAAAAAUUGAAGGAUCAGUUUUGUUA